CGUGAGCUGAGUCACGUGAUAGGUCGUCUGACUGGGUUCUUCUGUUAUUCAGCACUUCAGCUCUUUAGACUUUUUAGAAAGUAAUAAUCUGUGAGGCUUUUUAUUCACCAUCCGACCAGACAAGGCUUGUGUGAGUUUACAUCUGAAUGGGCCACAGUUUCUAGAAAGCUCAAUCAAGUCAACACACACAACAAUGCGUGAGGGAGUGUGGGUGUUGGUGUGUGUGUUAAGCGGGUGCAGUGCUCUCAUCUGUCCUGAUGGAAGAAUGUGUGAUGACGGAAACACCUGCUGCCAGACACCAUCAGGAGGGUACGGCUGCUGCCCACUCCCUAAUGCAGAGUGCUGUUCAGAUCAUCUGCAUUGUUGUUAUGAAGGCACAUUGUGUGAUCUAGCGCAUUCCAAGUGUGUUAACAAGACACACACUCUAGACUGGGUGAAGAGAGUUGCCGUUAAGCAGUCCAGUCUACCUCAAGCAGUGGUGUGUCCAGACCAGGAAUCUGAAUGUCCUGAUGAUACCACCUGCUGCCAGUUACCUGAUGGGAGCUGGGGUUGUUGCCCUAUGCCUAAUGCCGUGUGUUGUGAAGAUAAAAUGCACUGCUGUCCACAGGGCACUACCUGUGACAUACCUCACUCUCGGUGUAUGUCAUCUAUGCUUGGCUCCACCCCUCUGAGGGGAAAAUUCCCUGCACACCGCAGAGCACAAGGGAAAAAUAGAGCAGUGGAUUGUCCGGAUAAAGUUUCUGCAUGCCCAGAUGAUACAACCUGCUGCCCACUAGGAAAUGGGAGCUAUGGUUGCUGCCCAAUGCCAAAGGCAGUGUGUUGCUCUGAUCAUGUGCACUGUUGUCCAGAGGGCACAUCCUGUGACCUUGUUCACAGUACCUGUGUCUCAGCCAAUGGGCUCAAAGCAAUAGCUACCAAGAUUCCACCUCUCUUCCACUCGAGGGUGCCAGUGGAGUCAGUACCCUGUAAUGACUCGGUAGCGUGUGAGAGUGACACUACUUGCUGUAAGAAAAAAGAUGGUGAUUGGGCCUGCUGUCCACUGCCAGAGGCGGUGUGUUGUAAGGACCACAUCCAUUGCUGUCCUCGGGGCACAGUGUGUGACCUUACAAAAGGGACAUGUGAUAACCCUGCUGGUACUUGGCCCUUCAUUGGCUGGAUGGAGAAAGUGCCAGCUGUCCAGAGGGCCCCACAAUCCUUCGAUCAAAAAUGUGACCAGUCCACAUCGUGCCCCAAGGGUACGACUUGCUGCAAAAUGGAAUCUGGGACCUGGGGAUGUUGUCCUCUUCCACAGGCUGUGUGCUGUGAGGACCACCUCCACUGCUGUCCCCACAAUACAGUGUGUAACGUGGCUGCCGGCACGUGUGACAGCGUCAGUGGUGAUGGUGUGCGUUUGGCAGUGCCCUGGGUGAGCAAGACACCUGCUGUAGCCCCACCACCUGAAAAUGACCGGUGUGAUGAGACUUCAGCCUGUCCAGCUGGCACUACCUGCUGUCGGCAGAAGUCGGGGGCCUGGGCCUGCUGUCCCCUGCCACAGGCUGUUUGCUGUGAUGAUCACGAGCAUUGCUGUCCUCAGGGCUACAAAUGUGAUGUCGCUCACGAAUCCUGUGAGCACCCCUCCCUCCCCCAUAUGCUGUGGUUCAGGAAGCAGCCUGCAGUGCUGAGCAUAACUCAGCACUUUGAUGCUAAGGCUGAUGCUAAUGCUGAUUCAGCAGCGGCAGGCUCUGAGCACAGACAGUGUGAUGCACAAACCAGCUGCCCGAGAGACAAUACCUGCUGCUACAUGAGAAAACUCGACAAAUGGGGCUGCUGUCCACUGCCUCAGGCUGUGUGCUGUGGGGAUGGCGAUCACUGUUGUCCUAAUGGCUACACCUGCGAUACAAAGAAGUCCACCUGCAUUAAAGGCCACCUUGAGUUUCCAUGGUUCCGUAAGAAGGAGGCCAAAGUUACUGUUGGCUCAGAGUUCAUGAAUGAAGUCGCGAAUGUGAAGUGUGACUCCACUAUCAGCUGCCCAACAGGUAGCACGUGCUGCAGAUUAUCUACAGGGCGGUGGGGCUGCUGCCCACAUGUCAAGGCGGUGUGUUGUGAGGACCAUGUGCACUGCUGUCCCGAGGGCUACACCUGUGACAUUCAGGCUGGAACCUGCAUCAAACUGUCCACAACGCAUACCAUUGAACUCACACUCGUACACACACACUCCAGAGACGAGCUGACCUGUGAUGCAACAAGUCAGUGCUCCAAGACUCAAACCUGCUGUAAAAUGUCUGACACGGAAUGGGCCUGCUGUCCAUUUAAGCAGGCAGUGUGUUGUAAGGACAUGAAGCACUGUUGCCCUAUGGGAUAUGUCUGUGACCCCAAGACCAAAGGUUGCACUAGAGUGUCUUCUCUCACUUGGUGGGGCGGUUCUCUUUAGGGCAGCAGGACCCUCACCAUAUUGUGCUUGGUACCCAUAACACUGUUCAGUUAAAAUGUCACUCAAACUUAGACAAGGGACUAUGCAUUCACUUACUUCCACUUAGAUUUUGUUGUUUUUUUUUCAGUUCCACAGAAAUUGUUUAAGGAAUAGAUUUGUUUGUUUAUAUCAGUUUGAAAAGAAACUGACAUGUGAUCGUAUUUUUACUUUGUUUAUGCAAACAGAAACACUCAAGUUCUAGAAAUCAACAUUGCACUCCUGAGUCUGAAAUGCUGUGUAGAAGAAUUUUAGUUUAUUAUGGACUAGAAGCAGCUUUUGGCUGAUUAUCUGCUGCCUGUGUAAGUCACAAACAUUUCUAAAACUUUAUCAUGCUGUUUGUCAGUACCUUUACCUUAUUAGGGUAAAGGAAUAAUUUGGAUCUUUUUCUUGGCCUGUUUUUUUUCUUUAUACUUUUCCAUGCCGAAAUCACUUGUAUGUAGGUGCAAACUUGUAGAUGGCCAUAGACGCAACUCUUGAUGGACAAAGACCACCAUGAAGGCUAGACAUUUGUGAUUGGCUUAAAAAUUCAGACUUAUCAGAUGUCCAAACUCCAAACUUGCUCUGUGAGUCAGAGACACAACUGAAUGUAUUGUGCACUUAAACCCAGCACAGUGUGUGGCCUUUUGGAUUCCCAACUCUAAAAAGCAAGAGUUGAGCAGAGUGAAGGAACAACUUUAAAAAUGCUCAUAUUAUUAGCUAUGACGUUCUGACUUUGAAGUUAGUGGGGUCAAUUAACAUUGACACUACCUGUCUUUUAGUCAUUGUUAGCUGUGCUAGUGUUUUUCAGUGAGAUCCCUGUAACAAAGGAUGUCUGUAAUGUAAACCAAUUGAUUGGAGGCACGUUUUAGUAAUUUAUUUGUUGAAGAGUUUAGCUUUAGGUAUAAUUAAUAAGGAGACAAGUAUAUUUAGGCUGUUCCUGCUUUAAGUUUGUUCUACAUCAUGUAGUUUUUAAUAGAAGUCUAGAUAGAAAGUAUAGUUCAAACUCUAGAAGGCCUCUUUCUCUUUAUUGAUGAAAGAAAGCUCAUUUAAAAUACUGAUUCCAGCUGUCCUAUCCUGGGUUUGCUGGUUAUCCAAAUUGUGAUGUCACCAAAUCCCAGCAUGACUAUGCUAUUUGGAUUUAUUUGGGUAUUGGGGAGUUUUUACAUUAGUGAUUCUAGAUUUGCUUAGUAUUGUUUGUCUUUUUAGCUCACUAAUCCAUUUCCAAUCACAUCCCUCAAAUGAAGAAAAAUAUAGCCUAAUUCAUUUCAUUCUACUGUUUCAUGUCUUUGAAGGCAUAUAUAAUACAACCUGUCUUUUAGAACAUUUCAAAUAUUAAAGAAAUGGCACUGAUUCCACCAGACU